AUGGCGGGCCGCGAGGGAGUGCGGAGCAGCGCUCGGCUCAGCGCGGCCGGCAGCACGGCGGCGGGCGCAGGGGCAGGCCAGGAGCCCGGCGCGGCGGAGGCGCAGCGCGCGGCGGCGGCGGCGCUGCGGAGGGCCAGGGCCGCGCGCGCGGCCGAACGCGCCGCGGAGGUCGAGGACAGCCCGCAGGUGCUGCGCGACAAGUGCCGCCGACUGGCGCGCGCGCUGCGGGACGCCAAGCAUCUCGUGGUGUACACUGGAGCCGGAAUUAGUACGGCGGCUGACAUCCCCGACUACCGGGGACCACGGGGUGUAUGGACGCGCCUGCAGAGAGGAGAAACUGUUGGGCGCGUGGAGGUGGCGCGCGCGCGGCCCACGUUCACGCACAUGGCGCUGACGGCGCUGUGGGCGCGCGGCGUGCUCAAGUUCGUGGUGUCGCAGAACUGCGACGGGCUGCACGUGCGCGCCGGCCUGCCGCGGCGCGCGCUCGCCGAGCUGCACGGCGACAUGUUCGCCGAGCGCUGCCCCGCCUGCCGCCGCGUGUACCUGCGCGCUUUCGACACCACGGAGCGCACGGCGCGCCACGCGCACGCCACGCGCCGCCUGUGCCACGCCUGCGGCCGCGAGCUGCGCGACUCCAUCGUGCACUUCGGCGAGCGCGGCCGCGCCGCCUGGCCGCUCAACUGGGCCGGCGCGCUGCGCCACGCCGCCGCCGCCGACGUGGUGCUGUGCCUCGGCUCCAGCCUCAAGGUGCUGCGCCGCUACCCGCGCCUGUGGCGCAUGCAGAGCGCGCCGCACGCGCGGCCGGCGCUCUACAUCGUCAACCUGCAGUGGACGCCCAAGGACGCGGCGGCGGCGCUGAAGAUCAACGCGCGCUGCGACGCCGUGAUGCGGCAGCUGGCGCGCCGCCUGCGCCUGCGCGUGCCGCGCUACCGCGCGCGCGCCGACCCGCUGCUGGCGCACGCCGAGCCGCUGGCGCCGCCCGAGGCGCACACGUCGCGCCGCGCGCCGCUCGCGCGCCCGCCCUCCGCCGGCUCCGACCGCUCGUCCUACUGCUCGCUGUCGCCCGCGUCCUCGCCCUCCGCCUCCGACUCGGACGACGAGCUGCCGCUGCGGCGCCUGGCCGACCGCCUGGCCCGCCGCCCGCCGCCGCCCUCGCUGCGCUCCUUUCGGGUGAACAUGCAGUCCGGUGAAACGACGAUACUCCUUCGCGCCGAGCACGCGCCCACCGAUCUGCCGCCCCCCGAGCCGCCACCCCCGCCCCGCAGCACCACGGAAGCCCUGAGACGUUUUCGAAAGUCGCACGGUCCCCUCGCGGCGGUCAACGGCGUCGCGGUGACGAACGGACAUCGGUUUCCCGGAUUCGAUUUCAACGGCCGCGAUCCGAAAUCCGAGUCCCCGCCGCCCGCGAAGAUAAAGAAGGAGGAACCCGGCGCCGCGAGCGAAGACAAGCUCGCGGACGGUUCGUGGGACCUCGGGAAUAAGUUGCGGCGCCUGCUGGAGCUCGAGCCGCGGAUCGACGGCGACGGGCUCGAGUGCGACCCCGCGGCGGCGAAGUCCGAGCCCGAGAGCGACGACGACGCGGCGAGCGCGGCGCUCGCGGCCGCCAUCAUGCGGCGCGCCGUGCUGGUGUGCCGCGCGCAGCUGUACCCCGGCCUGCACACCAUCCUGGCGCCGCCGGCCGCCGCGCCCCGGCCGCCCCGCUCGCCCCGGCCGCCCCGGGCGCACCCGCCCGCCGAGUGCGCGUGGUGUCUGCGGCGCUACGGCGCGCGGCGCUGCCUGUGGUACGGGCCGCCGCGCCUCACGCCGCCGGAGCGCCGCGCGUGGCGCCGCGAGCGCGGCCGCCGCUACCUGUGCGCGUGCUGCGGCGAGGGCGGGGCGGCCGGGGCCCCGGCGGCGCCGUCCACGGACGACGGCGGCUGGUACGGCAAGGGCUACCGCAAGGGCCGCCGCCGGCGCCGGUAGCGCCCCCCAGAGAAAUGCCGAUCGUUCGAUGAUACUCGACCACCGUGGACGUCGGUGCGAGGAUCGCUCGGAAGGUUUUUUGUACCGCGUGCGUCGCAGGGUGUUAGUUAAAUAUAGUGACGAGUUAAGUUAUUGUCCGGCUUCCUUGGCGGUGAGCGAGGCCGUGGUCGACGCGAGAGUGUAUGCCAGAGCGUUAUUUGUCGAGAGGUAAAUGGUUGUGAUGAAAGUGCUUAGAGUAAAUCGUGUAAAUGACUGUAUUUAUACUGAUAAAAUGUCUCCGAACGUGGUCGACCAUUUGAUUGAUUUCCUUUUUAACACUACAUUGUACAAAACGUGCCAAUAGACUCGAUUUCCGUUGUACUUGUCAUUGAAAUCUGUGAUUUUACAUUCUCAUGUUAUGAGUGUAAACGAGAACAGAAAAAGCGAGCGCCACUGUCGCGACUCACAGCUGUCGAACAAUAAAUGAAACAAAUUAGGUGAUAAGAAAUAAUUUGUAAGUAAAUCAUGAGAAAUAAUA